UUGAACCACGACAUGGGUAUCGACCUUCAAGAGGAACUCAAGAAUAAGAUAACGGAGCACGGCAUUGAUAACGAACAUGAUCCUAACAAGGAAGAUGUAGAACAACUUCUCGAAGGUGUUGUUGAGGCGGUUGCAGAAUCGAGCGAUGCGAUAACAAAUUCAAAAAACUUUGACGUUUACUGCAGUCUACUAAAACACUCGGAUGCGGUUCCCGGUGCUGUCAUGACCAAACUACUAGACUCUUUAACCUCUGGAUUUCAAACCGAAGUUGAUGCCACUAUAAGAGAUGCCGCUACGGAGGACACAGAGGCGAUAUCAGGGCACAAGGAGGCUCUUGACAUGUAUGCCUUUCUUCUGCACUGGUUUGUUGCCGCUGCGGAGAAUGUCAAGUCGGAGAGUGAGGAAACAGCUCCUGCCUCGAAAGCUAAGCCAAAGAGAGGAAGAGGCGCGAAAGCGGGCAGGACCGGUGGUCGGGCGGCAGCAUCGAAGAAGAACAUGGAGCAGUGGUCAUGGCAGGAUCAUAUACCGAACGCGUUGAAGUUGAUUUGCCGGAUACUUGAGAAGCUUCCUGCUCAGUAUGUGUGGCCGACGAGUAUGGAGAGAGAAGCGUUCAUCAAAUGCAUCACACUUCCUGUAUACGAUAUCUCGGUGAAUGAGUCGUACAUGAAAGUGGCCGACAUCAAGAAAGGCGUACAAAGAGCGAUCUGCCUGUCAGUCAAGUCGCAUGGCCAGGGGUCUACGGCAUCCACCAAAAUUAUGGCAAAUCUGUCUUUCCACGAGCAUUUGGCGGAACCGAUGGCAGAGUGUCUGUCAAUUGUCGAGGAUGAAUACCAUCACCCCGAGCUUGCGGACGAAGUCCUUAGGGAUAUCUCUACCCAGAAGUUCAGCGCCCAGGACACCAAAGGUCCCCGUACUUUUUCCAAAUUCCUCGUCAGGUAUUCCGAAGUAUGCCCCCGUCACACGCUCAAACAAAUCAGUCUUCUCCUUGAUCAGCUGGACUCUGAGGCCUAUCCCAUGCGCAUAGCGAUCGUCGAAAUUAUCGGCAACCUCAUUGUGCAUCUCGAUAGUAAUAGCGGUCCUGUAGGCUCCCAAGAGAAUACUCAGUCUACGAAGCAGAUCAAUGGCCUUUACGAUUUUCUUAUUGAACGUAUGCGAGACGUCACGACCUAUGUUCGUACGAAAGUCCUAUCUGUGUUCACGAGACUUUGCGAACUGAAAAACGUGUAUGGGAGAUCGCGGCUACAUGUCACUAGGAUCGCCAUCACUGCGUUGGAGGACAAGGCGGCUGCUGUAAGGAAGAAUGCAGUGGUGUUGAUUGUGAAACUCAUCACGACCCAUCCUUGGGAUCGUAUUCACAAAGGGCCUUUGGAAAUGUACGUAUGGGAGAGAGAGUACGAGGAGCUGUUGGAGAAAUGGGCGCCAUACCAGGAAAAAUUGGAUAAGUUCAAUCUUGCCGAGCAGCCGUCUCAAGUAGAGGAGGAAGAGGAAGAUGACGACGAUGACGAUGAAGCAGAGGAAGAAGAGGCGGAAGAAGGCCAUGAAACGGCUACGAAGCAGUCUAAGAGACAAAACAAAAGAGCUCAAGGAGAUGAUGAAAUGGACGUCGAUGAAGAUGAGAAUGAGAACGAUGCCAAUGAUGAUGCUAUGUCGGCGGAUGGCGAUGAGAGUGAAUCUCAACCUCGACCUAGCAAGAAGGGUAAAUCUAAGAAGGCCUCGAAGGAACCCCAUCGUAAACCUCGACAAUCUCAGCUGAAUCCCGAUGCCUUAGAGGCGCUGAGGCUUAUGGAUGAAAAGGAGGUCAAGGAGUUACGUCUAACGAAAAAGUAUUAUAUUGAAGGUAUGGACUUCAUGCGGCACAUCGAGGACGCCAUGGUUGUCUUGUGCCAGUUGCUGGGCUCGACCAAUAAACCGGAGGCCUUGGAGGCAAUUGGAUUCUUCCAGGUUGCCCAUCAGUACAAGAUGCGGAAUGCACAGUGUGGUAUCAAGAAGAUGUUGCAUUUAAUUUGGCAGAAAGACAACAGUGUCACGUCGGAGGAUGGCAAGGAAAUCAAGGGCGUUCGUUCUAGGCUAUUGGAGUGCUACCAGACGUUGUACUUCGAUCCCAUCGACGACUUGGAUGCGCGAGGCCAAGUCAGCCGGAUAGCUAAGAACAUGAUCGAGCUCACUUAUGGCGCUACUCUCGCCGAAUUGACGAGUUUGGAGGAAAUGAUGCGCACGAUGAUGGCCAACGAUCAAAUUCCGCCCGAGGUUAUCAGCAAGCUGUGGCAAAUCUAUACAUCGAACAAGCUUCUUCCCAAGCCUCAGCGACGAGGAGCUAUUGUUAUCCUCGGAAUGCUGGCCUUGGCCAAACACAACAUACUGUCAGAACUUGAUCACGUUGAAACCAUGUUGAAGGUUGGUUUAGGUGCUCUCGGAAAGGUCGACCUGACUCUUGCCAGAUACACCUGUGUAGCAUUGCAGCGGCUGAACGGUAGCGCCAAGAAGGUGAAAGGCUCUCUUGACGACAAGACGAUGCGCAUCGAGAUGGAUAGCAAUAUCUUUCAGAAGCUCAAGCAAGUCGUCCUUCAACCCUGUCGCUCCAAAGACUGGUUCGGGCUGGCCGAACAGGUCAUCAACACCGUCUACGCUCUCGGAGAGCAUCCUGAUGUCUUCUGCAAUGACCUCAUAAAGCAACUCACUCAGCGUGCUUUCACUUACGGACCUCAAGCUGAGAGUGCUGCGGAGGAUAAGGAGAAUGAUCCAGAUGUUAUGGACGAGGAUCACCCUGGCGAUGUAUCUCAGGCGGAUUCACAAGAACCCAAGGCGACUGAUCUGGGCGACGCUUUCCAUCUGAGUCAGCUUCUCUUUGUGGUCGGUCAUGUCGCGAUCAAACAUAUCGUGUAUUUGGAACUUGUCGAGCGAGAAGCUAAGAGACAAAAGGAUGAAGCACAAGCCGCGGACAAGAAAGCAACUCAAAAUCACACUGCCCGCGGACCUUCUAAAGAUGCUGAGGAGCUGGACCAAGUAGCUGGGAAUGCGGAGGAUGAGAUUGGCGAACAGAUGCAAGAGAUACGAGAGCAUGAACUGCUAUUUGGCCCAGAAUCGCUGCUCGCUGUUUACGGUCCUAUGUUAGUGCAUAUUUGUGGAAGGCCUGAUAAGUUUAAGAACCCUACCCUCAAAGCCGCUGCGACCCUGUCGUUCAGUAAGUUCCUGUGUGUCAGCUCCCAAUUCUGUGAUGAGCAUCAUCUAUUGCUAUUCAAAAUCCUUGAAAAAUCCGAUAGCGCCAAUAUCCGGAGCAACAUCGCCAUUGCACUUGGUGAUGUUGCUGUGUCCUUCAGCACUAUCAUCGACGAGAAUAGCAAUGAGCUCUACCGGGGACUUUCGGACCCUGAUCUUGUGGUGAAGAAGAACACGCUUAUGGUUCUUACACACUUGAUCUUGAACGGGAUGGUCAAGGUGAAGGGACAGCUGGGAGAAAUGGCGAAGUGUGUGCAAGAUCCGGACGUUCGUAUAUCCGACCUUGCGAAGUUGUUCUUCAAAGAGUUAUCUACGAAGGAUAACGCCAUCUACAACAAUCUGCCGGACGUCAUCAGCCAUCUUUCUUUCGGUGAACACGCGGUUGAUGAAGAAAUGUUUCACAGCACGAUGUCAUAUAUUUUCACCUUCAUUGAAAAGGAUAAGCAAACGGAGAAUGUCGUGGAGAAAUUGUGUCAGCGGUUCCAGCUUUCCGAAGACCCUAGGCAAUGGCGGGAUAUCGCUUACUGCCUAUGGCUGCUGAAUUACAAGUCGGAUCGAUCUGUCAAGAAACUCAUUGAAGGCCACAGGUUCUAUGGAAACAAGCUACAUGAACCAGUGGUUUAUGAGCGAUUUACUGCUAUCCUCAACAAAGCUCGUGCGGCUAAGAGCAAGGACAAGCCAGAUCAUGAACUGGAUGAAUUUGGCAAGCUCCUUGAGGAUAGCAAGGAAGCGGGUACAGAAGAACACGAUCUUACGAAGCGAACAAAGUCUGCAGUCAAGAAGCGUGCCAAACGUCCCGCAACGCGUUCUACCAGAAAAGUCAAGGUCGAGCAAACUAUCGAAGAGGAUGAUGACGAAUGAAUGAGAUAGAUAUGGGAAGGAUCUAUGUAUAGCAAUAAUAUUAUAUGACCACCUCUUGUAUCAGUAUUGUACUAAUACCUUC